AUCAAAAUAUUAAACAAAAAUUUAUUAAAAGUACAAAAAAAUCUCCAGAUUUUCACUCAAUCAUGGAAAUUUACGAUGCAUCGGAGAUCCUGAAAAUGGAAGCUGAAAAGCUCAAAGUAGUCAUUCACAUAGAAAAUCCAGACAAGUGUCGGUUGUGCCUGAAAUCCAUCAAAAAUCGAAUAAUUAUCACAAAUGCAAUCAGAAGAAAGUUUCUGGAUGUGACACAAAUGGAACUGCCGACAUCUGACAAAUUAUCCAAGUUUGUGUGCUCAAAAUGUGACAAGGAUUUGAAGGAUGCCUUCACAUAUCGAGAGAAAAUGAUUGAAACACAACGGAAACUUAAUGAGGAAGUCGGAGAGACUCGAAUGAUAUUUUUACCAGAAGUUGUGAAUCUCAAACAGGAAAAGGAGGAAUCAAUAAUUGAGGAAGAAUACCUUGAUGAUGACUUUGGUGGUUGUGAUGACUAUUCAGGCUAUGAUAAUGCAGACGAUGACUAUUUUGGAGAUCAGAAUGACAGCAAGAACAAUAUUGAGGACAGCAAGUCAAAGACAGUUACAAAAAGAAGUAGACGACGGAAGAAUGAGCUGGACGACACAAAACUAGAAAUUGAGAUUCAGGAAAAAAAGAUUGAGGAUGAAAAUGGACGAACUUACUUUGUUUGUGAUUAUUGUGGCAAACACAUCACAACGGCAUUCUCACUUAAGGAACACAUCUUAACUCAGCAUACAGAACUUGAAAGAAAAUAUGCAUGCGAUCAUGAAGGCUGUGGUCGUUCAUAUGUGACACAAAGCAGGCUCCGGAUACAUCAACUUACUCAUAAAGAUGACAAAAAGGCAGUCUGUCCAGUUUGUGGAGCUUUGUUGUACUCGAAGAAGGGUCUGAGGGAGCAUAUAGCUAGUGUCCACACAAAAAUCAAGAAAUAUUUCUGCGACAAAUGUGAAUACAGUGGAACCUUAAAAAGUCGAAUAAGAAGUCAUGUAAAGGUUCAUAUCGAGAAGGAAAACAGACGUAAUCAUGCAUGUCAUCUCUGUGGAUUUGUGUCAAUUUGUCCGAAGUCUCUUAAACGACAUCUGUUUGAACAUCAAGGAGUAGAGUUUACAUGCCAUUGUGGCAAAACAUUCAACUAUAAAGGAGCCCUACAAAUGCACAUUAGAUGUGUCCACAAGAAAGUUAAGAAGCAUGUCUGCAAUAUCUGUAACAAGCCGUUCUUUAAUAAAAUUGAUUUAGUGAAUCACAAUCUAGUAAAACACAAUCCCGAGAAAUUAGUCAAAAACAUGCCUUGUGAAAUUUGUGGCAAACUUUAUGGCAUAGAGAAGCAGCUGGCAAGACACAGGCUUUACCAUCACAUCAGAUACGAGUGCAAUUAUGAAGGAUGUGAUGAAUGCUUUAACACAGAGAAGCGGCUCGAAAGACACAUGAAGAAACAUCAAAUGGAAGAAGCGAUUUAAGUUUUUAAAAUAAAGCAAAACAUGAGAUUCCGGACUAGUGUGAAGAUGCUGACAUAGCUUUUUAGUUUGAACAAGAAUAAUAAAGUUGAAUUAUUUUUUAAAAAAAUGUCAAAU